AUGGACGCGAACGAGGACCUCUACAGCGAUUACGACUACGACAUCGGCGGCUUCGGGAGCGCCCCGUCGAGCAACCCCUUCCAGCCGAAGACGCCGGGCUUCCCGGCGUCGCGCAUGGGCACCGCCAGUCGUUUAAGGACGGCGGGAGGUACGGAAGUCCGGCCGAUGACCUCAACAACAGGUUCAGGCUUCUCGAGCAAACCUGGUUCUUCACUGGGAAGGCCGGCGAACUUCGAUCCCUUGAAUCAGGGGAGAGGGCCCGCGCCUCCUCUCGCGAAGCGCGAAGAUAACAGCGCGGAGGACAAGGCGCGCGAAUACGAAAAACAAGUUCAUGCGCUAGUGGAGGCCUCGGCCGAUCUAGCUCUGAAGGGUGAUGCGGACGGCGCCCUGGAGAAAGCUAAAGAUGCGGGCAAGCGGGAACGAGCGCUCUGCAAGCACCGCGAAGCGAACGGACUCGUGGAUCAGAUCAACAUUGAUUUGACGUAUGCCGUAUGUUUUAACUUGGCGCACGCGUAUCAUGGGGCCCGGAUGCAUGAUGAAGCACUACACACUUAUUCGUUGUUGGUUAAAAAUAAACAGUAUCCCCAAUCAGGAAGACUACGCGUGAACAUGGGCAACAUCUACUUCGAGCAGCAGAAGUACCAGACGGCCAUCAAGAUGUACCGCAUGGCGCUGGACCAGAUCCCGAACACGGGGAAGCACAUUCGGUUCAAGAUUUUUCGGAAUAUUGGGAACGCGUUCGUGAAGUUGGGGCAGUUUUCGGACGCGGUGCAGUCGUACGAGACGAUCAUGGGCGGCGACCCGGACUUCCACACGGGCUUUAACUUGAUACUAUGCUACUAUGCAUUGGGUGAUGCCGAAAAGAUGCGCCGCGGCUUCCAAAAAUUAAUUUCGAUACCUCUGGAGGCGAACGACGACGAUGCCGACGACUUGGACCGGGCGCUAGGGUCGGAAAGCAAGGAGGAGUUCAAGGAAGAAACGAAGCACGACAAGGAGACGGCGGCCGCGAAGGAUGGACUAAGGCAUGAACUCCUCAAAAGGGAGAAGGAAGCGCGGACGUACAUGCUGACUGCAGCUAGACUGAUCGCGCCCGAACUGAGAAUUGACGGCGACGACAGCAAGAUGGCGGGCUACCAGUUCUGCAUCGAGAGUCUCAAGCAGGACCACGAGUCCGUGUCGUCGGAAAUGGAAAUUGAAAGGGCUCUCAAAUAUAUGAGGGUCAAGGAGUUCGGGAAGGCCAUCGAAGCGUUAAAGGCCUUUGAGAAGCGGGACCAGCACUUGAAGGCCAUGGCGGCGACGAAUUUGAGUUUUAUCUACUUCCUGGAGGGCGACAUCCGGAGCGCGGACAAGUACGCGGAUUUGGCGUAUGAACAUGAUAGGUACAACGCGCGAGCGCUCGUGAACAAGGGCAACUGUCUGGCCGUGCGCGGUGAUUAUGAUACGGCGAAACAGUUCUACCUGGAAGCGAUCGGGGUCGAGGCCGACUGCGUCGAGGCCAUCUACGACCUUGGGUUAGUGAAUCUCAAAAUGGAGCUCUGGGCCGAGGCGCUCCAGGCCUUCGAGAAGCUGCAUCAGGUCGUGCCGAACAACGCGGAGGUCAUUUACCAGAUCGCGGCGCUCCAUGAAGCCCAGGGCCAGGUCGACGUGGCUCUCAAAUGGUACAACAUCCUGAUCACGCGCGUGCCGUCCGAUCCAGGAGUACUGUUGAGGAUGGGCCAGUUGUGUAAUCGCAAUGAUGAUGAAGCGCAGGCUUUUCAUUUUCAUCUUGAAUCGUACAGACAUUAUCCCGUGUCCCUGGACGUCAUCAGUUGGCUGGGGGUCUGGUACGUCAAGUCCGAAAUGUACGAAAAAGCUAUUCAUUUUUUUGAACGAGCCGCCCAGAUCCAGCCGAAGGAGGUGAAGUGGAGGUUGAUGGUCACGAGUUGUUAUCGGAGGAUGGGCAACUACCAGCGCGCCUUGGAGCUCUACGAAAAGGUCCACGCGGAACAUCCCGAAAAUGCGGAGUGCUUGCGCUACCUGGUCGCCAUCUGCAAGGACCUGGGCCAGCCCUGCGACCACUACCAGGCGAAGCUGUCGCGAUUGGACCAACGGACGCAACAGCAGUCGCAAGGGCAGCUCACAAGGGCCGCGCCGCAACGGGAUCGAACGCCGCCGCGACCGUACUCGCCCGAAAGGCGCGCGUCGCCGCCCCAACAACAACACCUAGCAGCACCUAAAGCAAGGGGUUUGGCCGACCAGAACCCGGAGCGGCCGCGGACGGCGGCUAAAAGACCGGACGAGGACGAGUUCGACGACGCGGACGUCGGCGAGAUGCUGCCGGGCAUGUAG